UCCAGGACAGCCUCCCCGGCUCCCCUCCACCCUCUCGAAAGUCCCCGGGUCGUGCGUCCCGCGGGGGGUAGCGCCCUACUGCGCUGUCUGAAGAAGAGGGUGUCUGUGCAGCUAGACGACAGCAAGACAACUCGCACAGGAGGACAAAUCUCACAGCUCGUCUAGUGCUAAAACGAUGCACGCAAACUCUGCCAGGAGACAGGCCUAGCUCCCAUAUCUGUGAUCACUGUGGCAAGAAUUAGGAAGUCAAAAAAAAAAGCCUGAAAAGCCACAUGCGCGUUCACACCGAAGACAAACCUCACGAGUGCUCCGAGUGUGGGGAGACGUUCCGUCUGUUAAGAAGCCUUAAAAAACAUCAGAAACUUCACACGGGUGAGGUUAGAGGGACYAAGAAAGUCAAAGUCCCGCAUCCGUGUCCUCACUGCGGGACGAUGCUAGCUUCGAAGAAAGAAUUAAAGGAUCAUCUGCGAAUCCGCCACACUGAAAAAACUCAGCUCUGCUCUGAAUGUGGCAAGAGAUUCUCUAGCACCUACGCCCUGAGGAAACACCAGAGACUACACACUGGGGAYCAGCUCCACCURUGCCCUGACUGUGGGAAGACCUUCUAUACUCAGGCACACUUGAUAUCUCACCAGAGGGUCCAUGCUGAACACAGGGAAAGGCCGCAUGUGUGUCCCGUCUGUGGGAGGGGCUUUACAGCAGCUUCCUCCUUGAAGUCACAUCAGAGUAUUCACACCGGAGAGAAACCUUACCUCUGCUCUGAAUGCGGGAAGAGUUUCAGAACAUUAGGACACUUCACAACACACCAGAAGCAGCAUGUAGAAGCAAAGCCAUCUUUCCCUUGCCCUGUUUGCAAUCAGUGUCUCUCAACKAAGCGKAARCUMCUAUUUCACCAGAGAAUGCACACGGGAGAGAAGCCUUACCACUGCACUCAGUGUGACCGGCGCUUUGUUAAUGAGCAGAAAUUGAAAAGUCAUCAGCGUGUACACACUGGAGAGAAGCCCUACCUUUGCUCCCAGUGUGGGAAAAGUUURGCUCUUUCACAAAAUCUUAAAAAGCAUCUCAGGGUGCAUUCAGGUGAGAGGCGUUACAGAUGUACCUAUUGUGUAAAGAGUUUCAUUUCUUCAUCUGGUCUGAAAUCACACCUGCAAACACACACUGGAGUGAAACCCUGCCACUGCCCUGAAUGUGGGAAAGGUUUCUCAGAGAAGAGAGCGCUGAAGAAUCACAUGCUCACACACGGGAGAGAAACCGCUCCAACGUUCCAAUGUCUGUGAGAAUGUAACACAGGAGAUACACACUGGGGUUGAAGAGCAUAAAUAACUGCCAUUAGACUGAGUCGCUCUGGAUAAGAGCGUCUGCUAAAUUACUAAAACAUUUUUAAAAUACAACUUAGAUAUUGUACACCGCUGCCUUCCCGACUCCCACGUGAUAGUUUAUUUCUGUCUUAUUUUCUCUGAAAAGGCUUACUAAGAAACUACCAUAACUAGUUAUUUGGUGUCUGGGUGUUCUGUUUUAUGAGUUGUCUGCUUGCUUUGAACUGUUCUAUCUAGCCUGAAUCCAGAACCUGUUUUGUGCUAGUAUCUAUGUGUGUGUGUYUYUAUYUGUAUAUAUGACUCCCAUUUUGGCAUGUAUUUAACAGUGCAGUACCAAUGUGACCACUAAAAGGACACCACUUGCCUGUUUUUUUAAUGUUGUGACGUUGCUUCACUUGUCUUCUACUAUGGUGGGCGCGCGCUAUGGCAGUUUUAGAAGAAGUCUGCCAAGACAACUGUACAAAUCUGAACGAAGCAYCUAGAUAAAUACAUUAUGACAUCUUAUUCCCAAGGUAACGGACACGCCUGCACUGAUCUGUCUCGUAUCUUUUGCAAAGAGUCAUGGGAUUGAUCAAAAGGACUCCGCCUACAAUGGGCUGUUAUAACGUUCAAAAUAAUACUGAAGUGAAGUAAAUUUUUGUCAAAACAGGCUGAAUUUAAGCGAAAUCAAUGUUUAUUUUUUUGGGGGGGGGGUUUGUUGCUGAGGAUAUCUUAGUCGGUUACUCAUUGUAAAUAAGAAUUUGUUCUUUACUGACUUGCCUAGUUAAAUCAAAAAUAUAUAUUUUUGGAUGACGUGAUGAUGUCAUUACUGCUCGCGGCACUCCCUGUGCGCAUUGAGUGCUAGUUGCAUGUGAGUUCCGCG